CUCCAUUGAGGCUGCAGCACUAGUGGCACCCAGAAGUGAACAAAGCGACCCGGAAGCGUUGCCGCGACUGGAGGCAGGCAGAAAGAGCAUCCAGCCUUUUCUGUAUAUGAAAGCUGUGCUCGCAAGACAAUACCUGCAGUCAGGACUAAAGGAUGGCAGAGCCACGAUUUAACAACCCCUAUUUCUGGCCGCCACCGCCAUCCAUGCCUGGCCAGCUGGAUAACCUGGUGCUCAUAAACAAGAUCAAGGAGCAACUGAUGGCCGAGAAGAUUCGACCCCUGCAUAUGCCGCCUACUUCCACGCCUUCCCAGCAACCUUUGCUGUUGCCCACCUCAUCCCCCGAGGGCGGCGGCUCCCAGCAUGUGAUGUCGAUUCCCAAACUACAGUCGCAGCAAGUGUCGGGCCACCACCCGCAGCAGCAGUCGGAUAUCACUUUGCAUGCUCGUUUAGGUUCUGGACCAGAUGGAAAUAUGGACGACAAGUCGGCUGUGAAGGCUAAAGGGUUAUGGGAAGACUGGCACAUGAGGCAACUAAGCGAGCAGCACGCCCGCGCCAACCAUCGCUCAGGUCUGGCUCCUUCAUCCCGACCCGAAAGUCACAGCACCUCCGAUGCGCUAACCCCCACAACGCUAACUUCCAGCAGUCAGAACCGCCUGGGUGGCGCCCCCUCAGUCAACAUCAUCUCUGGGCUGGCUACUGGUCCUGCCAUGGACCACAUGAAGGUUGGAGGUUUGGCGGGACUGUUGGGCCCGCCACCCAAGGCACCACGGGGACGAAAGAAGAUCAAAGCUGAGAACCAGUCGGGUCCUUUGCUGGUAGUCCCCUAUCCUAUUCUGGCAGACCAAGGCUGCAUCACUGUGGCACCCAAAGAGGGCAAAACAUACAGGUGCAAAGUGUGCCCACUCACCUUCCUGACCAAAUCAGAAAUGCAGAUCCACUCCAAGUCCCACACAGAGGCCAAACCACACAAGUGUCCGCACUGCUCCAAGACAUUCGCCAACGCCUCCUACCUGUCCCAGCACCUGCGUAUCCAUCUGGGCAUUAAACCCUACCAUUGCUCCUACUGUGAGAACUCUUUCCGCCAGCUCUCACAUCUGCAGCAGCACACCAGAAUCCACACCGGCGACCGGCCUUAUAAAUGUGCUCACCCCGGAUGUGAAAAGGCAUUUACCCAACUGUCCAAUCUCCAGUCUCACCAGAGGCAGCACAAUAAAGACAAGCCGUACAAAUGUCCCAACUGCUACCGUGCCUACGCCGACUCUGCAUCGUUGCAGAUCCACUUGUCGGCGCACGCCAUCAAAAACGCCAAGGCAUACUGUUGUAGCAUGUGUGGCCGGGCUUACACCUCAGAGACUUACCUUAUGAAGCACAUGUCCAAACACACAGUGGUGGAACACCUAGUGAGCCACCAGUCCCCCGAGAGGACCGAGUCCCCCAGUAUCCCCAUACGGAUCUCCCUUAUCUGAGCUGCCUGGCGCCCAGUCUCGGUUCUAUUAAGCGCCCAUAUUAGGCGCGAGCUUCACAGGCCCUGCAGCGGCGGUCAUCUACAUAAGGCUUAAAUUAGCAUUAUGACAGCUGACGUAAGCAUUCAGUGCGAGAGUCGGGAACGGGGGCGCCAUUUAGUGAAUGUACAAUACAGCUAAUGUGGUCCGGAUGAUAUGCACGAGGUGGCAAAUGUCGUGCGUCAGAUCUAAGAAGCACUUUCUUGUACGCAUCAUGUAAACUUUUUCGUAAAGAGUCCUCUCGGAGAGGAGAUGAUUCUUUAUGAAUACGGGCUCAGAUCAAUUGGCCAUCAAACAUUUCUGUAUUUUUUUCUUCCUUCUCCAUUAAAUGGGAUUUCGAGAUAUACCAGAUGAUAAAUUCCUCUCUGAGAAAAAUAAUUGAUAAAGCUGUACAGUAAAAUGUUUGCUGGGUGUGUUCUGGGGACAUCCAAAGAGAAUCUUGAAGCACUUUUUAGGCCUCGUUGCUUUGGCUCAAAUUGUUGAAAUCAUGUUGGUUGGGGAAAAUGCGAGAGGGCAUUAUCUGUGGCAGCUAGGAGCAGUGACCGUGUUGAGAAAAGAAAAAAAAAAGACUAUUCUCUUCCUGUUGUUUUACUCACAUGGUUGUUCAAGAACACGUUUACAGGGUCAUCGAAAUUUCAAGAGGCAAUCGUAGAUGACAAUGGAAGCAUUCAAAGAUUGUAUUGUUUUGUUGAUGUGAGGAUGGAAGGCGUAGAGAUCCAUAAAGGGAAGCAAAUUUCUCAACCCCAUUUCAAUCCUUCACUCACUUAAUUGAUGGCACCUUGGUGAUCACAUCACACAAUCACAGUAACGUUUUUAUAAAUGACCAUUCCCUCUGCCCUUCAUCCCACGCCCUGCAAACUAGUGCCAUAUGUUGUAAACCAGUCUUGAAUUAUUAAGCUUUAUUUUACAAGUAUGAGCUUCACACAUUACUGGUGCCAGGACUAAUCAGCCAUACUUGCCACCCCGGCUAAAAACAACAUAUCUAAUCAAAAAAAGUAUCCACUUAAUUUUACUUGAGUAGUGAGCAUUAACUAAUCAUUGGACCAAAAUGUGAAGUAACUCCAGCAACUGUACAGCAAGGAUUUUGUCAGAAGCUUUAUGCAUAUGUAAUGAACUGCAGUAUAAACAAACAUCCAUGAUGCUUUAACGGUUUAUCUGGAGAGUCUUCAUAGCAUUUUACUUUUUCCCACAUGUGAUUUUACAGUCUUCUUACGAAUUUGAAUCAAUUCUUUAUUUCUUCAAUUCUACACACAUAAUGAUAAUUUUUUUGGGAAAAGCUUACCUAAGAAGUAAAGAAGUAUUCACAGCCUUUGCUCAGUACAUUGUUAACAGACCUUGAGGAGCGAUUACAGCGAGUGA